AUUCAUUCAUUCACUAAACCUGAUUUUGGUCCGCACACAGAAAGAGUAAACUCAGUACAGAAUAAGAUUCCCGUUUUGCACGCAUGCGCAGAUACCGACUUGUGCGGGGUAAUCUCAGCACGUGAUACCCGGAAAUGGCUACUACUGAAGUGGAGCGCAGGCGUGGCCAACUUUCAGCUCUAUCUGUAGCAGCAGUGGUCAUCAUUGUUGGACUCCCCUUGUGGUGGCGAACUACUGAAACAUACCGUGCCUGGUUGCCUGUCAGUCAGAUAAAAGAUUUGGAUAAAUUACAGCUACAGCUGAGUUCUGAUGUGGAGGUUGUGCUUGCACGUGGAACUGUGACACCAGAACAACAGAAGAAGGUCCCACUAACACAGACACAAGAUGAGGAACACAUAGUAAAUGAGGACACAACUUUGAGGUACAGAUAUGAGAUGAGGUACCGCACAGCCACAGUCAUGGAGGAGGAUGCUCUAAACCAACUCAGUGCUGCUGAGGCAGAUCUGUCACUGCACAUGCUGAGUGAGAGUCCUUGUGGUUCUUUGGUUGUGUAUGUGAUCCCAGAGUCAUCUUCGCUGCUGCCUCAGGAUGUGCAUGUGUAUGUUGGUCAGCGACGGACAGCCUUGCUCCGUAUUGGGGCCCAGAUGAGAGUGGGCAGGACACUGGAGCACCUUUUGACUCACUUGGAGCCUCGGCUCAAGCAGGUGCUAGAGGUGAUGUCCUUCAGCCACGCUGACAUCAUUGCUGCCCUCAGUGACCGAGUGCGCCUCAGCCCUGGCAACUUGGAGAGUAUCGUUGACAGCAUGAGAGCUUUCAAAUCCAGUCCAGGUUAUGAGAUUACAUUCAGUCUGUUAAACCCAGACCCAAAGUCCCACCGGCUGCACUGGGACAUAGAGGGUGCCGUACAGAGCUACAUACAACCUUUUCUCUCAAAACUGGCCCCUGUGGCCAAUUUUAGCAUUGACUCUCAGACCUUAUAUUAUGCUGUACUUGGUGUCAGCCCUCGAUUUAACAAUAGUCGCAAUGCCUACGCACUCAAUGCUGACAGCCUUGCACACGUCAUCAACCCUGUGGAGGCUAGACUGGGUUCAAAUGCAGCAUCUUCCAACCCAGUGCUAAAUUUUCUGCUGUAUGUUCCGGAUGCCCAUCAUUCACCACUCUACAUCUAUGACCAUAAGAAACGAGAAGUGCCUUCCAAUGCAUUUCACGCCCCUCGAUGGGGAGGUAUUAUGGUUUAUAAUGUUAACAGUUUCUAUGGACCAGAGUCAUUGUUUCCGGUUGAUAUUAAUAUUAACAUGGCCAAAGUCAUGGGAGUUUUCCUCACCCAGCUAAGGUUGCUGCUUGGUGUACAGUCAUCUUCUACUCCCCCUGGCUUCAAGUUGGCACCGUGUGGCAACACAGGAUUAGCUGAUUGGGAACUAGAUCGCCUCAUGUGGAGCCGAAGUGUGGAAAAUAUUGCCACAGCCACCACCACCAUAACCUCAUUGGCACAGCUGCUGGACCAGAUAGGCAACAUCGUUAUCAAUGACAACAUUGCCCAACAAGUGUCCAGUGCUGUGACAUCAGUGCAGUUGGCGGUGGCUGAGCUAGAGGCGGGCAACCUGGCCUUUGCUCUGCAGUACAGUAAAGAAGCCAUCUUGGCAUCGGAGAGAGCCUUUUUUGAUCCUUCACUCCUCCACCUCCUGUACUUUCCUGAUGACCAGAAGUUUGCCAUCUACAUACCUCUCUUCCUGCCCAUGUGUGUUCCUAUCCUGCUGUCCCUGCUCAAAAUGUUGUCUGAAGCCAGACAGAGACGCAGGGAAAAACAAGCCAAGAAAGACUGAGAAACAUUCGUGUUGGAACCUGAAGACCCUAAAUGAACUAUAAUAACUGUGCCCUUGACAAAUAGGCAGGAAGCAUCGAUGGGUAACAUUUACAAAUUGAGCAUAUUUGUUUGGUGUAGGAUUUUAUUGAUCAUCUGCUGUGGCUGUCACACACUGAAACCUUGAAAGCUUGAAUUGUGAAUUUUUUUUUAUCUCAUUUUAGAAGUUAUUAAAAGGUCAAGAAAAAAUAUUAAUACCAUGUAUUGUAUUCAAAUCAGGAUGGCGAAUAACCGGUUAGUCCUGCUCUAAACUUACCAGAUUACUUACUGUGCAUAAGUCCUUUGUUAAACAUGUUGAACUCACAAGAACCAAUAAGGUCAGGCAGCAUUGAUUACUAAAUUGUUUAGUGCGGACUGGUUACAAAUUUGCAUGUUUCCAUAAUACUACAACUGUUAGUUCUCCUGAAGUUAUUUGAAAUACUGAUGUGACCUGGAUCUCGUGCCAGUUCUUUAUUCUGUUUGGUCUAGUUUUUGUUAUCCCCAGAGUGAGAUGCUCUUACAAAUUGAAAUAGAAUUGCUUGUCAAGGAGCAAUUGGAAGUUGGAUAGAAGGGAGCCUAUUGAAUUUUGGAGUUGAUUGGGAUCCAGAUGUGGAUUCUGUACUUUUAAAAUCUAAAAUGUGUUUUUGUACUUAACAUUUUCAUCAUUUUCUAUAAUAAUGUGCUUUGACUAAUGAAACCUGGCAAGUGAUUUUUUUAUUAUUAUUAUUUAUUUUGGCAUUUGGCUGCCCCUAGUUGCUCAGGGUUGCCACAGCAGAUCUGUUAGAUGUCUGCAUUGAGAUUUGGCAACAUAUUUUAGGGCAGAUGCCUUUCCUAACACCUCCGGUUUUACAUGGAGAAGCAUACUCAUAGCCCCUGGUGUUCCAAAGCAGUCUCCCAGAAAGUACUAAUCUGGACAGACACUGCUUAAUGUCUGAUCUGAUGGAAUCAGGUGUGUACAGAGCUGUUGCAGUUAAAUAUACUCA